GCAUUGUAAACAAGCCGGGAAGCGGACUAGGAAUACUUCUCAACAGCUUUUUGCACUUUCUUUAAUAUCUUGUUAGAAUUUUGCAUCGAAAUCCGAGUUUUUUCUGAAACGCAAGUUCCUGCAAAUAUUUAGGAUGGAUCCUAAGCCUCAAAAAAUGCCCAAGGUGGCAAAGGUGAAAAAUAAAGCACCGGCGGAGAUUCAAAUCACUGCUGAGCAACUCCUUCGUGAGGCCAAAGAGCGAGAUCUGGAAAUUCAACCUCCGCCUCCGAAACAAAAAAUCUCUGAUAAGGAAGAGUUAGCUGACUACCAGCUAAGGAAACGAAAAGCGUUUGAAGAUGAACUGCGCAAAAAUAGGACUGUUAUUACGAACUGGAUCAAGUAUGCCAAGUGGGAAGAAAGCCAGAAAGAGCUCCAAAGGGCCCGGUCUAUUUUUGAGAGAGCUUUGGACGUGGACCACAGAAACAUCACACUAUAUCUCAAGUACACCGAGAUGGAAAUGCGCAACCGACAGAUCAACCAUGCUAGAAAUUUGUGGGACAGAGCUGUCACGAUUCUUCCUCGUGCAAAUCAGUUUUGGUACAAGUACUCGUACAUGGAAGAAAUGGUUGGCAAUAUUGCAGGCUGUCGGCAGGUAUUUGAGAGGUGGAUGGAGUGGGAACCAGAUGAGCAGGCGUGGCAAACAUAUAUCAAUUUUGAGCUUCGCUACAAGGAGAUUGACCGUGCCAGAGCGAUCUAUGAGAGAUUUGUCAUGGUCCACCCCGAGGUCAAGCACUGGAUCAAGUUUGCCAGGUUUGAGGAGCAACAUGCAUUCAUUAACAGCUCAAGAAAUGUGUACCAAAGAGCAGUGGAAUUUUUCGGCGAUGAAGACAUGGAUGAAAAGCUCUACAUUGCCUUUGCCAGAUUUGAAGAAAAUCAGAGAGAGCAUGACCGUGCUAGAGCCAUCUACAAAUACGCACUGGAGCAUAUUCCUAAAGAGAGGGCUCAAGACCUUUACAAAAACUACACCAUCCACGAGAAGAAAUAUGGGGACAGAACCGGCAUUGAAGACGUUAUUGUCAGCAAGAGGAAAUUCCAGUAUGAGGAAGAGGUGAAGGCCAAUCCUUCGAACUAUGAUGCCUGGUUUGACUACUUGCGACUAGUUGAGAGUGAGGGAAAUCCUGAUACAAUCAGGGAAACCUAUGAAAGAGCCAUUUCUAACGUCCCUCCCACCAAGGAAAAAACGUAUUGGAGACGGUACAUUUACCUUUGGGUGAAUUACGCUCUCUUUGAAGAACUGGAAAUGAGAGACGAAGAAAGAACUCGUCAAGUUUACAAGGCUUGCCUUCAGCUACUCCCUCAUAAGAUUUUCACCUUUAGCAAAAUGUGGCUUUACUACGCAAAUUUUGAAAUAAGAAACAAAAACUUAUCCACUGCUAGAAAAUACUUGGGUAUGGCAAUUGGUCUUUGCCCUAAGGACAAGCUCUUCAGGGGCUACAUUGAUAUUGAAAUCCAGCUGAGAGAGUUUGAACGGUGCCGAAUCUUGUACCAAAAAUUCCUAGAAUUUGGACCUGAAAAUUGCAUCACUUGGAUGCGGUUUGCAGAGCUGGAGACAUUGCUAGGUGAUGCUGACCGUGCAAGAGCUAUCUACGAGCUGGCAAUAAAUCAGACUCGCCUAGACAUGCCAGAGCUCUUGUGGAAGGCCUACAUUGAUUUUGAAGUGGGCCAAGAGCAGACUGACAAUGCUCGGCAACUGUAUGAGAGGUUGCUUGAGAGAACUUCUCAUGUCAAGGUAUGGAUGAGUUUUGCUCAGUUUGAGCUGCAGUCUGGUGGAGAUGAUGGCAAUGUGGAGAAGGCAAGAAACGUGUACGACAGGGCCAACACCACGUUGAGGCAGGCAAUGGAGAAGGAUGAACGAGUGCUGCUGCUCGAAGCUUGGAAAGAGUUUGAAGCGGAACAGGGAGAUGAAGAGAGCAGAGAAAAGCUCAAAUCUAAACUGCCCAAGAGGAUUAAAAGAAGGCAGAGAGUCCAAGCGGAUGAUGGGAGUGAUGCUGGCUGGGAAGAAUUUUACGACUAUCUCUUCCCUGAGGAUGAGGCUUCUAAGCCAAACCUCAAGUUGCUGGCCGCUGCUAAGGCCUGGAAGCAAAAGCAAAUGGAAGCUAGCAGCAGUGAAACCGAAUCUGAGGCUGCUGGACCGUCUGGCAUUCUGGCAGCAGCUAGGGCUUGGAAACAGAGCCAGAGCGAAACCGAUGAGAGCUCAGAGCCACUGCCUGCAGACAUUGACAGAGAUGAUUCGAGUGAAAGUGGCAGUGAUGAAGAAGCUGAGAAAUCUGGAGAAGAACGGGAGCAGGAGCUUGAAACAAACACAACAAAACAAGUUAAUCAAUGAUUUUCCUGAGGUAUUUUUUAAAAUAAAAAUAUUUUUAAUUCCAAAA